AUGGAUCUAAUUCAGCUUCUUUUCUUCGCUGCUCUCUCUAUUUUCUCUUUCCCCUUCCUCCUCAUAAAGUCACUGCUACGUCCCACGAGAAAAAAGCAUACUGCACCUAUAGCUCCCGGAGCAUGGCCUUUAAUCGGCCAUUUAGCGUUCUAUGACGAUGCCAAGACGACCCACGUUGCUUUCGGGGAAAUGGCCGAUAAGUAUGGACCCGUGUUCAUGACGAAGCUUGGUUCUCACAACGUCCUGAUCAUAAGCAGCCAAGAGGUGGUCAAAGAAUGCUACACCGUCCACGACAAAUUUUUGGACCGGCCUAGCCUCACCGCUUCAAAGCUCCUAGGCUACAACGACACAUUCAUGACGUUUAGCCCUUACGGGGCUUACUGGAGAGAUAUGAGGAAGAUAACGACUGCUGAGGUCUUAUCACCCUCGGUCAUGGAGACCUUUAAGCAUAGUAGAGCUGGAGAAGCCGAUGUGGCGUUCAGAGACUUAUACAAGAGGUGGGAGCAAAAGGGUGAACUGAAAAUCGGAGUCUUGGUGGACAUGAAGCAAGAGUUUCAGUAUCUAACCGCGAACAUGUCGCUGAUGAUGGUUUCAAGAAAGAGAUACUUUGGGGAAAGCCCUAACUGCGAAAUCGGAGAAGCGAGGAGAUGUGGAAAGCUGAUACGAGAGUUUAUUGAUUACUUCGAUUUAGUCUUGUUCUCCGAUGCCGUACCUUCUCUAGGUUGGUUGGAUUGGGGGAUCAAGAGAGGCAUGAAGAAAACGGCUAAAGGGUUAGAUAAAGUUGUUGAAAGUUGGGUUGAAGAACACAAGAAUGAGGAUUUUGGUGGUGGGAGUGAAAAAGACUUCAUGGCACUAAUCAUGGAGAUUUUCAAACGAGACAAUGCUCUUGGUCUUGAUGAUGUUCAUGCAACCAUCAAGGCCCUCUGCCUCAAUUUGGUAUUGUCAGGGAGCGAGACAUCAAUUGUGGUUUUGGUUUGGGCUGUUUCGCUGCUGGUGAACAACCCGGACGUGUUAAGGAAAGCUCGCGAGGAGCUCGACCGUACCAUUGGCAAGGAAAGAGUUGUAGAAGAGUCUGACAUCAAAGAUUUAGUUUACAUCCAAGCCAUUGUCAAGGAGACAUUCCGUUUGUACCCAUCAGUGCCUCUCAUCGCUUAUAGAACUGUGAUGGAAGAUUUCAACAUCGUCAACGGAAACUACAAUAUUCCUGCAGGGACACAGCUGAUGGUAAAUGCAUCGAAGAUUGGGAGCGAUCCAAGUCUGUGGUCUGACCCUGAAAAGUUCGAGCCAGAAAGGUUUUUGACAUCUAACAAAGACGUAGAUUUCGGGGGACAGAAUUACAAGUUGAUUGCGUUCGGGUUAGGACGACGGACGUGUCCUGCAAUCCAUUUAGGCCUUCGGACGGUUCACUAUAUCCUGGCGAGGUUCUUGCACAGCUUCGAUGUUGCAAGACCAUCGAGUGAUAAAGUGGACAUGACGCAGAGCAACGGGAUGGUCAAUCUCAAAACCACUCCUCUCGAAGUCAUCAUCACACCUAGGCUUCAACAAUCUCUAUACUACGUGGACUGCACUGUUUGA